GUGUCCAGGGAGGGCCAGGUCUGGGCCCCUGGGGCCGCCCCCCAGCCACUCCAUCCCUUCCCGCCCCCUGUGGCUCCCUCCCUAUUUCCUCCCUCACGAGUCCUCCGGGGCCUUCCAGCCCCCGUCGGCAGUUACCUGUCCCCUCCCCCACUCGUCACGCACCUCCCCUUUCCCUGCUCCCACCUCGGACCUCUGAACCCUGGACGCCCCGCCGCCCUUCAGCUUUUUCUCCCGGGUGCAGGCGAGGGUGGAAUGAGGGCUGCUGAGCUUUGGGGGUGGCGCGAACCGGGGCCCCGGCGCCUAGACAAUAGUUGAUGCCCAGGGACAGGCACCUUCGUCCCCUACUCCUCCCGGAGGGCAGUCCCCGCCGGUUGCUCGCAGCCCGUAUUCCGGGUCCCCCUCAGAGCCAGGCUAGAGAGUUGGGCUGGUUUCACCCCCGCCUCCCGGAUUAACCCUAGGCUCGGCACUCGGCGCCCGCUGUUCUCUGCAUAGGAGGCGGCGAGUGAGCGCGCACAGAGUCUGCACGGUUUCUUUUUCUCCCCAGGGAGAGCGCGCGGCGAACGCGCCCGGACGCGCGGCGGCACCCCGAGGCGGGCAGAGCGGUGAAAUUUCAUAUUUGGCUUUCCUACAGUACUGACCGUAACCUAAUUUCCAAGAUUUUUAUAAAGGUAGACUCAAAAGGACUAUACUUUCAGGCUUUGAAUAUAUUUGCAAAGUAUCUUCUAGUCUCCAAAAUUUCUGAUGAGAAACUUGAUAAUCUUAUUGAGGAGUACUUAUUUUUCCUGAAGUAUUUCAUGACUACUUUUUCUAUUUCAAUGAAGAACGUCAUUGCAAUUUUUUUCUUAGUCUGGAGCUAAAGGGGUAUAUCAAGUAACUUAGAAGAAGACUGUCUACUGACAAGUCAGCUGUCAUUACAUAUGGUUAUACAUUAUUGGUGUGGAUGCAGUUGUCUUAAGUUUCUGUAGCCAUGACACGUGAAUACAAGAAAGUAUGGAAUCAUGGCAAUCACAGAAUCCCAGUAAUAGAAGUUCCAUUCAGUUUUUUCUGAAAGAAAGCCAUCUAGUAAAGUGAAGGAAAGAAACUGUUGUGGAUUACAGUGUUUUGAAGAUCAGGAUUUUCAGUGAUUUGAAAAUAAAGGAUCAUUUGGCCUUUUAAAUGAAAAAGCUUAAGAUCUCAUGCAACCCUUGUAUUUUCUGGAAACUGUUCUCCAAAAGGGAAGUGCACAUUUAAAACACAGAUAUGAUGGUCCUUUCUGUAGGGAUUUAAGUCUCCUUGCUUUUACAUCAUGACCAGCUUGAAACGGUCACAGACAGAAAGGCCUGUGGCCACUGACAGGACCUCCGUUGUUGGCACAGAUGGCACCCCCAAAGUCCAUACUGAUGACUUCUACAUGCGCCGUUUCCGGUCCCAAAAUGGCAGCUUAGGAUCAUCAGUCAUGGCCCCAGUAGGGCCUCCUCGAAGUGAAGGUUCUCACCAUAUAACCUCGACCCCCGGAGUUCCCAAAAUGGGGGUUAGGGCAAGGAUUGCAGAUUGGCCUCCAAGAAAGGAAAACAUAAAAGAAUCUAGCCGUUCGAGCCAGGAAAUAGAAACCUCAAGUUGCCUUGAGAGCAUGUCCUCCAAAAGCAGUCCUGUGAGUCAGGGAAGUUCUGUUAGCCUCAGUUCCAAUGACUCAGCCAUGCUGAAGAGCAUACAGAACACCCUGAAAAACAAGACCAGACCAUCGGAGAACAUGGACUCCAGAUUUCUUAUGCCUGAAGCCUAUCCCAGCUCCCCUAGGAAAGCUCUCCGCAGAAUACGGCAGCGGAGCAACAGUGAUAUCACCAUAAGUGAACUGGAUGUGGAUAGCUUUGAUGAAUGUAUCUCACCCACGUACAAGACUGGGCCAUCUCUGCACAGGGAAUAUGGUAGCACAUCUUCAAUUGAUAAGCAGGGAACAUCUGGAGAAAGCUUUUUUGAUCUGCUAAAGGGCUACAAAGAUGACAAAUCUGAUCGAGGUCCAACUCCAACCAAGCUCAGUGACUUUAUCGUUGCCGGUGGCAGCAAGGGUUCCGGUUUCUCUUUGGAUGUUAUCGAUGGGCCCAUCUCACAGAGAGAGAACCUCAGGCUUUUUAAGGAUAGGGAAAAACCACUCAAGCGACGUUCCAAGUCUGAAACCGGAGACUCAUCCAUUUUUCGCAAAUUGCGCAAUGCCAAAGGUGAAGAACUUGGGAAAUCGUCAGACCUAGAAGACAACCGAUCAGAAGAUUCUGUCAGGCCCUGGACAUGUCCAAAGUGUUUUGCCCACUAUGAUGUCCAGAGUAUAUUAUUUGAUUUGAAUGAGGCAAUUAUGAACAGGCACAAUGUUAUUAAAAGGAGAAAUACCACCACAGGAGCUUCGGCAGCUGCCGUGGCAUCCUUGGUCUCUGGACCUUUGUCCCAUUCAGCCAGUUUCAGCUCCCCAAUGGGCAGCACAGAGGACCUGAACUCCAAAGGAAGCCUCAGCAUGGACCAGGGAGAUGAUAAAAGCAAUGAACUUGUAAUGAGCUGUCCGUAUUUUCGGAAUGAGAUAGGUGGAGAAGGUGAAAGGAAAAUCAGCCUGUCCAAAUCAAACUCUGGAUCCUUUAGUGGGUGUGAAAGUGCCUCCUUUGAGUCUACCCUUACCUCCCAUUGCACAAAUGCGGGAGUGGCAGUACUUGAAGUGCCCAAGGAAAAUUUGGUGUUGCAUCUAGACAGAGUGAAAAGAUACAUCGUGGAACAUGUGGAUCUUGGCGCAUACUAUUAUAGGAAAUUUUUCUACCAGAAGGAACACUGGAACUAUUUUGGGGCCGAUGAGAAUCUUGGUCCAGUUGCUGUGAGCAUACGAAGGGAAAAACCAGAAGAAAUGAAGGAAAAUGGAUCUCCAUACAACUACCGAAUGAUCUUUCGAACUAGUGAGCUCAUGACACUGAGAGGUUCUGUCUUGGAAGAUGCUAUUCCUUCAACAGCAAAGCACUCAACGGCUAGAGGGCUUCCUUUGAAAGAAGUGCUGGAGCACGUGAUCCCCGAGCUCAAUGUCCAAUGCCUGCGGUUGGCCUUCAACACUCCCAAAGUCACAGAGCAGCUCAUGAAGCUGGAUGAACAAGGGCUGAACUAUCAGCAGAAAGUGGGCAUCAUGUACUGCAAAGCAGGACAGAGCACGGAAGAGGAGAUGUACAACAAUGAGGCAGCUGGCCCAGCCUUUGAGGAAUUCCUUCAGCUGUUGGGAGAACGAGUUCGGCUAAAAGGAUUUGAGAAGUACCGAGCACAGCUUGACACCAAAACUGACUCCACUGGAACCCAUUCUCUGUACACAACAUACAAAGACUAUGAGAUUAUGUUCCAUGUGUCUACCAUGCUGCCCUAUACACCCAACAACAAGCAACAGCUCCUACGAAAGCGGCAUAUUGGAAAUGAUAUUGUAACAAUUGUUUUCCAAGAGCCUGGAGCACAGCCAUUCAGCCCAAAAAAUAUCAGAUCCCAUUUUCAGCAUGUCUUUGUCAUUGUCAGGGCUCACAGCCCCUGCACCGACAACGUCUGUUACAGUGUGGCUGUCACCAGGUCCAGAGAUGUGCCUUCCUUUGGACCUCCCAUCCCUAAAGGGGUCACUUUCCCCAAGUCAAAUGUGUUCAGGGACUUCCUUUUGGCCAAAGUGAUUAAUGCAGAAAAUGCUGCUCAUAAAUCAGAAAAGUUUCGGGCCAUGGCAACUCGCACCCGCCAGGAAUACCUGAAAGAUCUUGCCGAAAAGAAUGUUACCAACACCCCUAUCGACCCUUCGGGCAAGUUUCCGUUCAUCUCUCUGGCCUCCAAGAAGAAGGAAAAGUCAAAGCCAUAUCCAGGAGCUGAGCUCAGUAGCAUGGGGGCCAUCGUGUGGGCAGUCCGUGCCAAAGACUACACCAAGGCUAUGGAACUAGACUGCCUCCUAGGGAUCUCCAAUGAAUUCAUCGUCCUCAUUGAACAGGAAACAAAGAGUGUGGUUUUCAACUGUUCCUGCAGAGACGUGCUGGGGUGGACUUCCACUGACACAAGCCUCAAAAUCUUCUAUGAGCGAGGAGAGUGUGUUUCAGUGGAAAGUUUUAUUAGCAAUGAGGAUAUCAAAGAAAUUGUCAGAAGGCUGCAGUUUGUUUCAAAAGGUUGUGAAUCAGUGGAAAUGACUCUGCGAAGAAAUGGGCUAGGACAGCUUGGCUUCCAUGUCAACUAUGAGGGCAUUGUGGCAGAUGUGGAGCCCUAUGGCUAUGCCUGGCAGGCAGGGCUGAGGCAGGGCAGCCGCCUGGUGGAAAUCUGCAAGGUGGCAGUGGCCACCCUGAGCCAUGAGCAGAUGAUUGAUCUCCUGAGAACAUCCGUUACAGUGAAAGUUGUCAUCAUUCCCCCCCAUGAAGACUGCACCCCACGGAGGAGCUGCUCCGAAACCUACCGCAUGCCAGUGAUGGAGUACAAAAUGAAUGAAGGUGUUUCAUAUGAGUUCAAAUUUCCCUUCCGCAAUAAUAACAAAUGGCAGCGGAAUGCCAACAAGGGGUCUCAUUCCCCUCAAGUCCCAUCCCAGGUACAGAGUCCCAUGACCUCACGGCUAAAUGCUGGGAAAGGCGACGGGAAGAUGCCUCCUCCAGAAAGAGCCGCCAACAUUCCUCGAAGCAUCUCCAGUGAUGGGCGCCCGCUAGAGAGGCGGUUGUCUCCUGGUUCAGACAUCUAUGUGACAGUCUCAUCCAUGGCUUUAGCAAGAUCCCAGUGUCGUAACUCCCCUAGCAACCUGUCUUCAUCCAGCGAGCCUGGCUCUGGGGGGGGCACUUACAGACAAAAAUCCAUGCCCGAAGGGUUUGGAGUGAGCCGCAGAUCCCCAGCCUCCAUUGACAGGCAAAACACCCAGUCAGAUCUUGGUGGCAGCGGAAAGUCCACACCCAGCUGGCAAAGAAGUGAGGAUAGCAUUGCUGACCAGAUGGCUUACAGUUAUAGAGGACCUCAGGAUUUCAAUUCUUUUGUCCUCGAGCAGCAUGAAUAUACAGAGCCUACAUGUCAUCUCCCAGCAGUAUCAAAGGUACUGCCAGCUUUCCGAGAGAGCCCCAGUGGGAGAUUAAUGCGGCAGGAUCCAGUGGUUCAUUUGUCUCCAAACAAACAAGGGCAUUCUGAUAGUCACUACUCGAGCCACUCCAGUAGCAAUACCCUCUCCAGCAAUGCAUCCAGUGCCCACAGUGACGAGAAGUGGUACGAUGGGGACCGCACGGAAUCCGAACUCAACAGCUAUAACUAUCUGCAGGGCACCUCCGCUGACAGUGGCAUCGACACCACCUCCUACGGCCCCAGCCACGGCAGCACAGCCUCUCUGGGGGCCACCUCGUCUCCUCGCUCAGGGCCAGGCAAGGAGAAAGUGGCACCCCUGUGGCAUAGCUCCAGCGAAGUGCUCUCCAUGGCAGAUCGAACGUUAGAGACAGAGAGCCACGGCAUGGACCGGAAGGCAGAGUCCUCCCUGAGCCUGGAUAUCCACAGCAAGGGCCAAGGUGGCUCGAGCCCUCUGACAAGGGAGAACAGCAGCUUCAGUAUAAACGACGCUGCUUCCCACACAAGUACCAUGAGCUCCCGGCACUCUGCCAGCCCGGUUGUGUUCUCCAGUGCCCGAAGUUCACCAAAGGAGGAGCUUCACCCCGCCAGCGCCUCACAGCUCGCACCUUCCUUCUCCUCUUCCUCCUCCUCUUCCUCCGGUCCUAGGACGUUCUACCCUCGCCAGGGCGCUACGAGCAAGUACUUGAUUGGAUGGAAAAAACCUGAAGGAACCAUUAACUCUGUGGGAUUCAUGGACACAAGAAAACGCCAUCAGAGUGAUGGCAGUGAAAUAGCCCACACCAGGCUGCGGGCCUCAACCAGGGACCUCCGGGCGUCCCCCAAGCCAACCUCCAAGUCCACCAUUGAGGAGGAUCUAAAGAAGCUCAUCGACCUUGAAAGCCCAACUCCUGAAUCCCAGAAGAAUUUUAAGUUCCACGCGCUGUCCUCCCCUCAGUCUCCUUUCCCCAGCACUCCCACCUCAAGGCGGGCUUUGCACAGAACUCUGUCUGACGAGAGCAUUUACAGUGGCCAGAGGGAGCACUUUUUCACCUCCAGGGCUUCACUUCUGGACCAAGCCCUGCCCAACGAUGUCCUCUUCAGCAGCACGUACCCUUCUCUCCCCAAGUCUCUCCCGCUGCGGAGGCCUUCCUACACCUUAGGAAUGAAGUCGUUGCAUGGAGAGUUCUCGGCCUCAGACAGCUCUCUCACUGACAUCCAGGAGACCCGAAGGCAACCUAUGCCAGACCCCGGCCUUAUGCCCCUGCCUGACACUGCUGCAGAUUUGGACUGGUCCAACUUGGUAGAUGCUGCCAAAGCCUAUGAGGUCCAGAGAGCCUCAUUUUUUGCUGCUAGUGAUGAAAACCAUCGGCCCUUGAGUGCAGCAUCCAACAGUGACCAGCUCGAUGACCAGGCUCUGGCCCAGAUGAAAUCAUACAGCAGUAGUAAGGAUUCCUCUCCCACCCUGGCUUCUAAAGUGGACCAGUUGGAAGGUAUGCUGAAGAUGCUUCGCGAGGAUCUGAAGAAGGAAAAGGAGGACAAAGCCCACCUGCAGGCAGAAGUGCAGCACUUGCGGGAAGACAACCUGAGGCUGCAGGAGGAGUCCCAGAACGCCUCAGACAAGCUGAAGAAGUUCACGGAGUGGGUCUUCAACACCAUAGACAUGAGCUAGGGACGGCUGCGGGAGAGGAGGAGGGCGCAGGGCGUGCUCUCUGGGGGUUCCCUGAAGCCCCUCACUCACGCCUUUAGGAGCAUUCUCAGCACCUUCCCCAGCCUCCCACCCGCCCCCUUCAGGAGUGCACAACACAACAUUUGCAGAUCAACAAUCAUUAUCUGCCUUUUGUAGAAAAGAAAAAAAUAAGUAAAUAAAAAUUUUAAAAAGUAAAAUAAAAGUUUAACUGCUAAAAUGUGAAUGUCUUUAUUUUUUUGCACAAUAUCUUUAUCUGUUAUGUAUUUAAACAGAAACUGGGCCUAGGACCAGGGUGCCUCCUGGCCAUCUGCCUCUAUUCCCGUCAGCUUUCUUAUCUAUUUCAGGUAACCCAAGCUUUCCCUGUAAUCUAACAAGUGUCAUUGUUCCUAAGAAAGCCAAGUUUUUUUAACUCGUUUAUUUGGGGAGUGGGGAGGGGUGUUUCCUUAACUUCUUUCCUAAAAAUGCCUGGAGAGGGAGGAGCUUUGAGUAAAGGCCCCCCCUCCCUUGAAGGACUUGUAUGUGAGCUGGUGCUGUUUGUCCUUUUCAGAGACCAGCCAAAUUGGGGUCAUUUUAUACAGCAAGUCAGUAAACCAGAGAGGGACAUCAUCAGGCCUGCAGGGCCCACCCCUGUGAUCCUUCAUUGUGAUGUCACUUCCUGCUCUUUCUUUCCCAGGGAGAUGGUUUCAGGUGCACCAUUCUGCUAGGACUCUUUUUUGUUUGGCUUAAGUAAGUCCCACUAAAUUGGAAUUAACUCUCUAUAGUUCCCUGGCUCCAAACAUUCAUUGGUUUCCUAAUUCUGCCAACUAAAACCAUACUUGUAUGCAUUUUGGUCAAAAAUAUACAUAGUUUUUGUUUGAGAUUUUUAAAGCUAAAGAUGUAGAAAAAAAUUUUUAAGCUUGCUAAAAAUGACUAUAUUAAUAAAUCUUCCUCUCCAAAGCAAGACUUCACCAGUGUUUGUAAUUAGGAAAAGCUAACAGUGAAUGUUAAAUCAUGAAUUUUAAUCCUUGCUUGUUAGGAGCACCGACUGUAAUAGAAUGGGCUUUUGAAAUCUGCAUGUCCCAGUGUGAAAUCUAAGCACUGCAUUUUCUGCAUCUUUUUGUGGUCAUCCAGAGGAUUCUGCUGCAGAAAUUCCUAAUGUGCUUUUUUUCCUGUCUAGUGGUGCAGGCUGCUGUGAGCCCCUGGGCAGUCAGCGCUGCAGAACACAGACAGGCCAACCAGUGUUGACUGACCCAAGAACACCCCCUUGUUUCUUGCCUUCAUAAUUGCCACUAAACUGACCCCUUGCCUCUUUAGGGGUGACUCUGGCCUAAGGGGACAUUCAGCAGUCUAGUGGCAUAUGCUUGGAAGUUCCCUGCCCUGAGUGAUAUGAACUCAUUCCUUAUUCCAUCCCUGAAAGAAACAGGAUGGAUUCUCUUUCUCCCCGCCAUACCCACUACCAGAUUUUUAUGCUAUAGUUUCAUUCAUGAUUGUGGUUUCUCCAUGGGACUUUUUUUUUUUUUCCUGGUAACAUUUCUAUUAUGGAAAUAGGAAGAUUUCGGAGUGCUUUGUAAAGAUUUCAGUUGUCUCUUUCUCUCUUUAACUUGUAUAAAGGAGAUUGUACAUUGCCUGAUAUCUCUUUGUAAAUGAGAAAUAUUGCUAACAUCCAAGCAUUCUGAAGUCUUGCUUAUCCUUCUGAGUUUUGUUUUCAUUUUGUUUUCCAUUUCCUUUGGGGACUUGGGGCAAGCUAUUUAUUAGAGUUUUGCAAGAGUUCUUGUUUAAAGCCUCUAAAGACUACUUGUAAAAUUCAAACAAUAAAAUUCAUUUUAAACACUCUUUUAAAA